AUGGGCGAGAACGUGAAGGAAGAGGCGCCGUUUCCUCUGACGGAUGUGGACAAGUGGGUGCUCUCGCAAACGGACGAGGAAUUCACAUAUCACACUUGGGAUGAGCUACGUCAAAUCAUUCAAGACAACCGGCUCGCCGUGCUCAAGAGGAAGCCCUCCGAUCUCCGGAGAUACAUGGACUGGACCACCAAGACAAAAGCCGAGUACGGCAGCAUGACCAACUUUCUCAUUGCCCACCGUCUGCCCAAAGCCUGGGGUCCGCCGCCUUUCACGCCCGCCUCCACAAUACCGUUUGCAGACCCAUCCGACUACCGUGUGCUGAUCAACGACUGGCCUUACGGCUUCGUCGAGGGCAUCACCCACAUUGUAGUGUGGUCACGCACCCCGAUUCCGACUGACAAUACUGUCGGUGACAUGACACCAGAAUCGAGGAAGGUGGUGGCCGAGUUCAUCAAACGGUACUUCAUAGAUAGGCUCGGCCAUGGCGCAGAGGACAAGGUGAUGUGGUUCAAGAAUUGGGUCGCCCUCCAAUCCGUCCGCACGGUUGACCAUAUUCACGUCUUGGUUCGGGAUGUCGAGCCUGCCGUCUUACAGGAGUGGACGAGGGAGCUGGAGUGCCAUAGAUCGUAG